GGGUGCGGUCUCGGUAGUUGUUGUCUGCUCUUUGAUGUCCUCCAGUCCCCCCCCCCCCAGAGCUGUUGGAGUCGUCGUCGUCGUUGUUGUUGCCGUUGUCGUCACCAUUUCUGCGUUCAUCAUGUGUCGACAGCACGGGGGAUUUGCAGUUUGACGGACAGUAACAGAACAGGUCUGAUCCUUAUGGUACCCACCGAAGGAUCUUGAAUUCGUGGGAGUGCUGUCAUGUGGACAGUCCACGAUGACUGUGGUUGGAAGACCAGAAGAGACUUUGGGUCAUCGACUGCCGAUUUACGGCAGUAUUCAUCAACUGCCUUUCACAAAUCAAUUUCAACAGCGGGAAGGAAUGGCUUGUGGAGAGGGACACGAUCAUGUGGGCGAGGAUGUCUAUUCCACCAAUCAACAGAAGGCCACGACCCACAUUGACAAGGUUAGAUUGGCAGCUAUUGAGCUCGUGGGUCAAGCUGCGAUUCCCGGUACGCUGGCUUCUCUUGCACGUCUCAAUGUCUUCGAGGCGCUUGCCCGAGCGGGGGACGGUGUAGAGCUGACACCUCAAGAGCUGGGCAACCAGGCAAUGCCGGGAAAGGUCAUCAACUUGAGCUAUCUUGGAAGAAUGCUCCGCCUGGCAAGCAGCGUAAAGGUUUUGCGCGAGGUUGCUACAAUGAGUGAGGAUGGCUCAACCGAGCAUCGCUACGGGCUGGAACCAAUCGGUAAAUUCUUGGUAGACGACGCAGAGAAGGGCUCCUUGGUCCACUUGUUACUCAUGUAUCAAGACCCUGUGUUCUUAAGUACCUGGAAUCACCUGCCUGAAUCUGUCCUGGAUGACUCGGUCCAACCAUUCGCAAGAGCACAUGGCGGAUUGCAUGCGUGGGAAUAUGGAAUGCAAAAUCCUGAAUUUGACGAAAAGUUCAACAAGGCUAUGGCUGGACAUUCGAAGCUGUACAUGCGUGCCUUUUUGGAUGUUUAUCAGGGGUUUGAGGGAGUGAGGGUGUUGAUCGACGUAGGAGGAGGAUUUGGCUCUGCUAUCAGCACCAUCACUGCCCGGUAUCCUCACAUCAAGGGGAUCAACUUCGAUCAACCUCAUGUAAUCAAAGCUUGCCCUGAAUUGCCAGGAGUGGAGCACAUGAGUGGAGACAUGUUUGAGUCCAUCCCAUCUGGAGGCGAUGCCAUCUUCUUGAAGUACAUACUGCAUGACUGGGACGACGAAAGCUGUAUCAAACUUUUGAAGAACUGUCACAAGGUGUUACCUGCAAACGGCAAGGUGAUUGCUGUGGACAGCGUGUUAACCGACACCAUUAACUUCGAAGGAGGUGAUCGCAUGGCCUUCAUGGUUGACAUGAACAUGAUGGCAUUCAACCACUCCGGUGCUCGUGAACGAAAUGAAGGGGAGAUGCGCAAGCUUGGACUGUAUGCUGGAUUCCUGCGUGUCGAUGUUGUAUGCAAGGUUGAUCAACUCUCUGUUACAGAAUUUAUCAAGGCUUGACUUGGGUCCAGUGACAGAUCACCCAUGUUUGCUUGUCACUGUGGCGUUGUCUAUCCAUACCAAAAAUAUCAAUCCCUUUGAGUUCCACUUCGACUGGAUUCAAGGCUAGGGACCGCUAUAUUUUACACGUUAAUAAUGCAGGCAUUGCAGAAAAGAGCCGUUGCAGGUGCUCUAAGUGGAUGCUGAGGAGUCACAAGCUCUCAUCACCAGGUAGAUAUGACUUUUACCGAAAACUGAAAACUCCUUUUAGCAUACGAGGAGUUUCAAUUUUUGCUUCGGUACAAGUAGGUAGUGGCAGCAGAGAACUCAUUGCAUAAUAAGCACCAGAAUGUGAAACACGUUUUAAGGCUGGUGUACAAUGUUGUUUUGCUAAGACUCAAAAUUGUAAUAAAGUAAAUAUUGUCCAAAAGAAAAAA